AGCGGAAAAACGGGGAAAUAGAAAUGAUGUCAUUUUUUUGACUCGCAGAUGGUUUUUGUUUUUCGUUCAUUCAACAAUUUUAAUUUAUUUUGGGGUUUCUUCAUCCGCUGUUGUGUGUGGCAUUGAGCCAUAAUAUGCAAAACUUGCAAUUUGUGAAGAAGAAAAUUGAUUUUCACUGAAUUUCGUGGUGGGUAAAGUGCAAAAAAUCAACGAGGAGGGUCAUAAAUCUUUCGAAAAGUAAAGUUGCCCCCGUCACCCCGAUCCCAUACGGUGACGGGUUUGUUUACAUUUUCACCUCUCACAGCAGGGAGUCGGAGUCUUUGCGAGUAUUUUGUGGGACUGUCGGACAGUCUAUCGAGGGAUUUAGCUGUGUGUGGGGUGAGGGAGUGAUCUCAUGUGCGAGAGACAGAAUAAAUUAAUAAAAAGGUGAACGUUGAGAGAAUUUUGCUGCCCGAACUGUGUGCGAGUAUUUCGGUGCAUCGAAAUGGGAGCAUAUCUGAGUAGCUUCAAGAGUGCCAUAGAAGGUGUUGGACUUGCUGCGGGUACGGCAAGAAAGCGUAAGCACAGCGAGUGUAUGGACGAGUCGAGGUGCGAGGAGCAACCACUUAAGAGGAAGAAACUCAUGACGACAGCACAAUAUGUGUACCAGGUGAUGUUCAAGGAGGAGCACAAGUCAGAUGUGGCCGUUCGCUGCCUGGGCCGAACGUGGCAUCUGCACAAAGUUUAUCUCUGCCAAAGUGCCUACUUCUCUUCCAUGUUCGGCGGUUCAUGGAAGGAAUCCGAUCGAGACUUUAUCAACAUCGAGAUCAUUGAUCCAAAUAUCAGCAUUGAAGCACUUGAUGCAGUCUUUGGUUCACUCUAUCUGGACGAAAUCACGCUCAAUGUGAACGUCAUAAUUCCAGUAUUGGCCACAGCUGCACUCUUCCAACUCAACAGUCUCAUUGAGAAGUGUUCAGAAGUCAUGAUUGAGUCAAUUGAUCCCACUACCGUUGUAGCCUAUUACGAAGCAGCUUGUCAGUACGGCGUAAAGAAUGUCCGUGAUUCCGCCUUCGAAUGGCUCCAGGUGAAUCUACUGAAUUUCUACAUGAAGCACCUCAAGCUGCUGAAUCAGGUGGAUUUGGAGCUAAUGUACAAGCUUAUAUCUAGUCCGGAUCUCUUCGUCAUGCAGACGGAAUAUGCCAUUUACUAUUUGCUUAAAAAUUGGAUUUAUUUCCAACUCCAUCCCGGAAGUGAGUCGAAUCCACGUGCUGAUCUCAAGGGUACCAUUCAGAAUUUCUACAAUAACCUCGACAAGUCCAAACCCUUCCUGGAGACACGCAUGGGGAAGAAGUAUGAGAAACUCUUUCGUGCUUUGCGACUGAAUUACCUCCUCAAUCAUCAUCGGGACAUUGAGAUUAUUCUCAAGGAUAACAUCAUCCCCCAAUCGUGGAUCUACGCUCCGAUCCUGCAGCAAUGGGAUGCUAUGCUGUGCUUCGAUGAGUCUACCUACAAUGGCCCCUCAGAGUGCGACGAAAAGGUUUUUGGGGAGUCCUGUAUGCGCUGCGGAAGGGUGCUGGAUAGCGAAGGAUUCCAGAAGUGGCGGUGGACAGGAUUCAAUUUUGGUCUCGAUCUCGUCUUUAUUGUUGACACGCGAAAUUUGUCCAUUAAACGAAAUCAUCGUCCUGAAAAUGAAAGAUUGUUAAGUCUUCAAGUUAAGCGGCAAUUCCUCGUAAGAGUUACAAUACUCACUGUGAAUGCAAAUUCUCAAGUCAAACACCGUCAAACGUCGGGAAUCAAAGCUCUGACACUAGAGAAGAAUGAAGAAGUUGUUCUGUUGCAAUUUGACAAGGAACUUUCAUAUCCACUCCUCAUCUCCAUCAACAUCCUCAAUGUUUCACCUCUCAUUCCGGCCGAGAGGAUUCAAACAAAGGCUCAACUGGCAGCAUCAGGGGGCUCCAGCGUCAAUCCCAAUCACGUGAGUGAAGUGAAUUUGAGUCACAAUGCCGAGGAAUAGGGCAAAAUGUCUCCAUUUUGCACAUUAUUUUGUAAAUCAUCAUCACACUGUUAAUUAACACAGCAAAAGGCGUUCAAUAUUAGACUACAAUUUAUUUUAAAAGAAAAUGUAGAUUUUCUUUCUAUUUUUCCAUAAGUUUUCUUCUUUUCUUUUUUAAUUUUAAUUCAUUCGUGAAUUUUCGUGAAGAAAAAAUGCAAUAAGUGAAUUAUAUAUAUUAUCUAUAUUAAGACUCUUGCCAUGAAUUCUCUUUUACUCGCGAAGAAAAAAAAAUUGUGAAUUAUUUUUGGAAGUUUUUCAUGUGCUAUUGUGGGGGAAAAAGAGAUUUCAUGGCGCAAAUCUUUAAUUUUUAUUAAUACUACAAAUCGUACAAAAUAUCGUGAAGUUACAAAGAAAAAAAAAAGAUUUCCUUUUUAUAUUUACUAUUUUACUCUUAAUUUUUUGUACUAAUUCUACAUGCUACCAUUGUAAGGUUGCAGAAAAUAAAAAAAAAAUGAAUUAACAAGGAA